AUGAGUACGAUACAAAAUAUCAAGAACUUCAUUCGGCAUGGAAAGCAGGCCCGCCUUGUCACCCCUCAUUCUGAGCCCACGACCGACGUUUCCGCCAUCCACGCAGAGCCACAACGUCAACCGAUAGGCCAAUAUUCACCUGCUCUCGAGGCUUUUGGCCCUGAAGGUCGAGCCAAUGCCAUCCAUAAACCUGACUCUCAGGUCCGGCAGGAUCGCUCCGUUGAAAUCGAACGUCUAGUGGCAGAGGAGAACAUGAACCGAUCGAAGAUGCCUAAAUACCCCGGCCUAGAGCGCUGGAUCUUGGUAGAGAAGAUGGGCGAUGGCGCAUUCAGCAAUGUCUAUCGUGCCAAGGAUUCGACAACGGAGUAUGGCGAGGUGGCCAUCAAGGUCGUCCGCAAAUUUGAAAUGAAUAGCAAUCAGCGGGCCAAUAUCCUCAAAGAAGUUCAGAUUAUGCGCAACCUUGACCACCCUAACAUCGUCAAAUUGAUCGACUUCUCCGAGUCACGUCAAUAUUACUACAUCGUCCUCGAACUCUGCCCCGGAGGUGAAUUAUUCCACCAGAUUGUCCGGUUGACCUAUUUCAGCGAGAAUCUUAGCCGCCACGUCAUUCGCCAGGUUGCGGAAGCAAUUGAAUAUCUACACGAGACAUCAGGUGUCGUUCAUCGUGACAUUAAACCGGAAAAUCUCCUGUUCUAUCCAACUCCUUACGUUCCCAGCAAGAACCCCAAACCUCGACAGCCAGGAGACGAAGACAAAGAAGAUGAGGGAGAAUUCAUCCCUGGAGUUGGUGCGGGUGGUAUUGGCAAGAUCAAGCUUGCAGACUUCGGUCUGUCCAAGGUGAUUUGGGAUAGCCAGACGAUGACCCCUUGCGGUACCGUCGGAUAUACAGCCCCAGAGAUCGUCAAGGAUGAGCGUUACUCCAAAAGUGUGGACAUGUGGGCUAUGGGUUGUGUGCUUUACACACUUCUCUGUGGUUUCCCUCCGUUCUAUGAUGAGAGCAUUCAAGUUCUUACCGAGAAAGUGGCGCGCGGCCAAUACACCUUUUUGUCUCCCUGGUGGGAUGAUAUUUCCAAGUCGGCCCAGGAUCUGAUUUCUCAUCUCCUCACCGUGGAUCCUGAAAAGCGGUUCACCAUUAAGGAGUUCCUCGCGCACCCCUGGAUACAGGGUACCGAUGAGGAGACUACCGCCGCCGCAGAUGCACCCCCUCUAGCAACACCCUACCAAACCACCGAGAAAGGCCAGCAACCACUCGACUCCUUCAACGCCGAACACGGGCCCUUCCAGCCUGCCAGUGCCCGCUUGCUCGAUCAACCAUCCCUCACAGCAGAGCGCCGCAUGGACUUCCGAUCUCCAGGCGCUUUCAACCUCCGCGAAGUCUUUGAUGUCGGCUACGCAGUGCACAGACAGGAAGAAGAAGGAAAACGUCGCGCGAACGCGCGCCAAACCAACCGCGGUGGCACAGCAGGAUUCCAGUCGGCACUCGGUGCACUCAACGAAGAUUAUGACGAUGAGCCCGAAUACAGCCACCGUCUUGGAGGCCAACCACCAGCCAAGGUGGCCAAGAGUCAAGGGGACAUGGCCGGAAUGGAAGCCAAGCUCCGAUCUACAAACCUCGGUGCCCAAAGUAGCGCCGCACAGGCACGACAACCACCUAACCAGACAAAGCCCAAACAGGGCUAUGGGAUGCAUGACGCCAAUGUUGCUAAUGCCGCAAAGACUUCUAUUCGUAAGCAUCAGCAGCCGUUUGAACUUACUCUGAACGGCUCUACAUUGCUUGAGAAGCGUGGCCGUCGUAAUCAACCAGUGGCAUAG